CCAAAAAAUAUAGUCUGGCCCCCCACAAGGUCUGAGGGACAGUGGACCGGCCCCCUGCUGAAAAAGUUUGUUGACCCCAAGUGAAUUGCAAUAGUUCAGCUUGGAAGUCAUCAAAGCAUGGAUCACUGUGGCCAGGCUAUCUCUGUACAGGAAGGGCAAGAGCUGGAAGUAGGUAGUCCUAGCCACCUUGGCCUCAAGUGCCAUAAAUGGAUCAAGGAGUACUUCUAAGCUACACAUCUGUCCCUUCAAGGGGAGUGCAACCUAUCCAGAACAGGCUGUUUCCAUAUUUCCUGGAGUUGAGAACCUGCAGCACAUGGUAUCUCUAUCUGCAGUCCAUUACCAGCUCCACCCAGUGGUUAAGCAUGUGAACAGUUCCUAAUUCUGAUGGUAUGAAAAUAUAGUGCUAGGUGUCAUCAAUAUGCUGUGGCUGGAAUUUUUCACAGCUUCAAGUCAAAGGGGUUUGAGUGCUUUUCCUUGGUAUGUAGGGCUUUUCCUCUUCAACCAAGGGAAUUAGAUGACACCUUUCUCCAGAUCCACUGAUGACAUCCUCCAACAGCUUCAUUUAAAUGUUAACAAGCUUGAACGACAAAAUUGACCCCUGAGGGACCUCACAGGCUUAACUGUCCAAGGCACUAAAGAAUAGUCUCUUGUGGCUAUGCUCUCUUGGGAGAAGAAUACUGCAGCACAGCGCUCCCGAUUCCCAAAGCUGUUCCAGGAGGAUACCAUGGUCAACAGUAUCAAAAGCUGCUGAGAGGUUAAAGAGAACUAACAAGCUUGUGCUCCCUCUGUCCCUUUCACUUAUAGGUCACUGACCAAGGCAAUUUCAGUGCCAUAUCCUGCUGUGAAGCUGGAUUGAAAUAUGUCUAGAUUAUUUGUUUCCUUUGAACAUAUUUACAGUUGGGCUGCCACCAGCCUCUUCAGCAUCUUGCCCAAAAAGGCCAUUGUCGCUACGGGCACUAGUUGUUCAAUAAUUCUGGGUUCAGGGUAGUCCUCUUGAGUGGGGAAUAUACCACUACUUUCUUUUCUUGCAAAUGCUUUUUAUUAACUUAUUAUUAUAGCACAUACACACAACACUUAGAAAACAAACUACAAAAGAAAACACCACAUAAAUGAUAAACAUAUAUCCAUAAAUCCACAAUCUGCACAUGGACUUGUGUUAUCCAAUCUUUAGUUCUUAUUCUAUUCUAAUAGACUUCCUUCCUCCUCAAUGUGGGUCUGAUUUAAACUUGAUAAACUGUUUCUUUCUCAUUUCAUCUUUUCUACCCUUCUCCAUAUAUUGUAUUUGUAAACUAUAUUUUGUUUUGUAAAAAAUAUUCAAAGCAAGUCCAGGUUUUAAUUUGAGGGCACUGUUUUUUUAAAAUAAUCUCUGUACUUUCCCCACUUUUGAAAUUUUUGUUUAGACUGUCCCCUAAUUGCAUCCGUCAUUUUUGCCAAUUCAAGGUAACAAAUACUCUCUCUUGCCACUCUUUUUUGUUGGUACUAUUUCACUUUUCCAAUUUUUAGCAAUUAGUAUUCUUGCUGCAGAUGUUGCAUAAAGAAAUACUCUCUUAUUUUCAUUUGCGAUGUCUAAAUCUACUAUGCUCAAUAGAAAUGCUUCUGUUGGUGGUGUUUUUUUUAAAACAAAAGUUUGUUUAAAUGUUUUUUUCAACUCCUCAUAUACCAUUUCCCAGAAACUCUUCAUUUUGUUACAGGUCCUCCACAUAUCAAGUAGCGUCCCCUCUGACUGAUCACACCUCUAAUACAUUUUAGAUUUUGUUUUAUAGAUUUUGGAUAUUUUGGUAGGUGUUAUAUAAACCACCACUUGCUUUAGGGCCAACAGUAUCUCCCCCUUUCCCACAAUGAGGCUUUCACCACUCCCUGAACCCACCCAGCCACACCCCUUUGACUCUUUCCUUAUAAACUAUAGUGGGCAAGAAUCAAGAGGAAAUAUGGCUGUUCACAUCCUUGGACUGCAAGAACUGAAACUGAUCCAAAGUAACCUGACUGGACACUUCCUCAAGGCUAGUUCUAACUGUCACAUCCAGUUCCAUGCUAAUUUGAGCAAUUUUAUCCACAAAAUGUGGUGUACAUUUUUCACUGCAGACCACCACCUCCUUUGGACAGAAGAUACUAGUCAAUUCACCAGUCAGAAAAGCUCUGCUGGACUUAAGGACCAUUUCUUCUACUAUUGGAAUCAUUGGAAGCUGAUUCUAAUAGUGACCCAACUCUGUGUAUCCAAUAGAAAAGAUGUGAGAAAUUCAGCUGAAGGAACAAGCUGGUAUGGAAGAAGAAAAAUUAGACUACUUGUACUAUUGCAAUACGCUCCUUCAGUAUUUGAGAAAUACACCACCAGCAUCACUCUGGGCAAAAAAGAAGUGCUCCUACACUUAUACGACACUGCAGGGCAGGAGGAUUAUGAUCGCCUACGACCACUUUCAUACCAGAGUACCAAUGUGGUUUUAAUAUGCUAUGAUGUCAUGAACCCUACUAGCUUUGAUAAUGUAUUAAUUAAGUGGUCCCAUGAGGUGAACCAUUUCUGCCGUGGAAUCCCCAUAGUACUUGUGGGCUGCAAAACAGACCUUCGGAAGGACAAAGAACAUCUACGGAAACUCCGCUCAGCUCAGCAGGAGCCAAUCACUUAUAUUCAGGGUGAAGAAGCUUGUCGCCGGAUGAACGCAGACAUUUACCUCGAGUGCUCUGCCAAGUUUCGUGAAAAUGUUGAGGAUGUUUUUAGAGAAACAGCUAACAUUGCACUGAAUGCUAUCAAAAAGGCAAAGCGUCAGACAAAAUCGAGGCCAUGUGCCAUAUUAUGAUGAUUUCUGGUAUUUUCAGACAACAGAACACAAAAGACUGUUUCUUCAGUAUUUUAAACCCUUCCCCCCUCACUUUUUAAAUUGACUGCUCCUGUCUCUUUACUUGGAAAUUAAUGAGAAAAUCAACUUGUUUUCAUGCUGUAAGUUCUCCUUCUUGUUACACCUUCUUUUCUGAAGGUUGAGCUUUUAGCUAACUGUGGAAUGAGCUCUUUUGUAUAUAGAUUCUGGAAGAAAUUUCCAGGGUGUUUCAAAUGUACUUGUUGAGGAGCAAUUAAGGUAAGGUAUGUAGGUCCAACUUCUUGCCAUUUUUAAAUACACAAGUUCUUGCUUGCUUUAAAAAAAAAGCAACCAAACAAAAGCAAACUAGAAAUAAUGGGUUGUAGCCAUAAAAGUUCUACUCUGCACAGACCUACUGAAACUAAUGGACCCAAGUUAGUCAUGUCAAUUAACUUCAAUAGAGCUACUCUGAGCAGGACUAACAUUGGCUACAACUCAGUCUCUGCUCUGAUAAAACAGCUGUAACAUUUGCAGAAGAAAACAGUUCUGUUUCUACCCUUUUUGUGGUGGCAACAUUAGAGGCACUGUGGUUUUUUCAGCGGCCACAACCUUACCUUGUGGCAUAUUGGAAACCCUUCAGAAGAAGCUGUAGCAAGAUUCCAGCUAUCAAAGAACCUAUGUGGCUAAGUAACAGAUUACUCAGGUCCAAUGAAUGCACUAGGACAGGUAUGGGGAUCCCGUGGCUCAUCCCAUAGGAUACUCUUGCAAUCCACCUUCUGUAAACCAUAAAUACCGAUUUUUGAAAUUG